AUGACAUUCAUUAAAACACUCCUCCUGGCGACAACCCUAUCAAUGGUGUCAAUUGCCGCGGACACCGAGGACACUAAGUGCCCAGCAAACUGGUUCCCAAACACUUACAAGGGGACGAAAUGCUGCUCCGGCAACAUGGUCAUCGACGAAGAAGGCGCCUACUGUUGCGUCUACGACGUGAGACCUACUAUCGAAGCUCUUACCGCCACUAAGACGGGCGAGACCGACUGGUCGACAGUCAGCAACUCUUGCAUCGCGGAGGUCCGCUUCACGGCUACCGACUACUCGGCUCAGGUUUCGUCUGCGUCAAGCAAGGCUGAGGCUACUCCCACGGGUACUUCAGCGGGCCGAGUCACCGCUCUGACUACUACUGGUUCUUCGGCUACCACUGGCACAGGCUCGCAGACUUCCACUGCCACGCCGUCCUCAGCUGCCUCUCCGACUUCCAACCCUGCUAUGCCGAUUGCGACAGGACAGAGUGUGCUUAGUGGUGCGGCCCUUGCCGCUGCUCUUUUCAUGCUGUGA